GCGGAGACGCAGUUGCAAGCAGCGAGGCAAGGUGGAGGCACGAAGACAGAAGACCAGGUUAAUGAAAGCAUGAGGUGGCUCUUGGGCAGCAGCUUGAAAAAUUUUGGACAUGCUGACAGGGGAAACUACGACUGGCUAAACAGCGAACCAGGUGGGCCACUUCUGGAAACAGAGCUUCAGAGCAGACAACAGACAAGUUCAACCAAAGACGACAUAGAGCCAUUUCUGUGUAUCAUACUGCCUGCCACCAUGAUGCUCUUCCUGGCAUUCCUGCUGCUCUUCCUGUACCGCCGUUGCCAGCACCCCUCUCAGCAGGGGCAGAUCUUCAGCAUCGACCUUCCCGAGGCCCUGCCUGAGCACGAUGUGUCCAACUUCCUUUCUGCCCUGCCCUGGAGCACCGAGCAGAGCUUCCACUACUCAACGCUGCUCCCUGACGCCACAUUCCUCUCUGUGUGUUUGCCUCCAUCGUAUGAGGAGGCCACCAUGAAGACUUCCAUGGAAGAGGCUCACAUUGAGCUCUCUCCAGACCCAGUGCCUCCUUACGAAGAGAGCACGCUGCAGACCAGCAGCACCAAAUAAACUUCCUACGGAAGCACCUUAGCCGAAGCAUGCAGCACAAAGGUAGAACUGCUAUGGCCUUUAAAAUUUGUGAAAAGAUUCCAAAUGAGGCACAAAACCAAUGAAUUUAUAAAGGAAGAAACUUGAAGUAACAGGGAGUGCGUGUCUUCACCUCAUCCUAGGAUUCUCUACCUUCCAUUUGUGGCAAGUGUACACACGGUGUAGCACCAAAUCCAGUCCGAACACGGGGAUUCUAGUUAACAAACAUGUCAUGCAAGGAUUAAAUUUAAGGAAAGCUGGGAAGCUCUUCCUCUGUAAUCCCUCGGCUACAACAAAAUGUCAAUAAUGCUAUAGAUUCAGCAAUCAUAAAAAGGGCUUUUAGCACAUA